ACUGCGCGUGGAGCGCACGCUUUUGACGUUUUAAAGUUUACGAUAAGACAAAGACCUAAAAUUAUUCGGUUCGAUCGUAAUAAUCGAUAAAAAAAAUUAAUUACGGAAAAAAAUAAAAUAAAACGCAUGUUUAAAAUAUAAUUUAUUUAUUAAAUGGUGUUAGUGUUAAAUGAUGUCUGCAUUGUUAAAAAAUGUUACGAAUUGCAUCUGGCACGCAUUUGACUCAUUGCAAAAUAAUGAAGUGGUGCAUAAAUCCAAGUUAAAGGUUUUAACAGCGAACCUGGGAACAUUGCUAGAUCUCUACGGUGUAGAGAAGGGUCUCGAUCACUACAAGUCCUCCCAGGAGCUGACCUUCGAUGAAUUUCGAUAUUACUUACAGCAUGAAGUAUUCAGUUCCCUUCCCAAGGUAUUAAACUUACCCGUCGCGCGGGAAUACGAGAAGAAAAUCAGUGAGGUCUGUUGGUUUGUUUGUAAGAAGCAUCUCCUAACGCGAGACAAACCGGUCUUCAGCGAUGAUUCGGUGUUCAAGCUCUUCAGGAUCUUCUGUUUGCUCGCUGAUUUGGUGCAAGACGCUGAUGAUACCAACCACUACAUGGUGGUGCUGCAGCCGUCAGAGGCUGGUAUUAUAGUUGAACAACUGGUCCAUUGUCUUGGACUCAGAUGGGACGCCGCAGAUUGGGAGGCUCUCGGCUCCUCGAUAGGACACUUCAAGUGGGCUGCGUUCCUCGCCGUGCUUGAGGCCAAGUACUGUUGUGAUCAGCUACAUUCAGCAGCACUCGUAGAAGCUGUGGAUGAAAUCUACGAUGUUUUUAUUGAGGAUAUCAUCAAGAAGGGAUAUCUCUUCAAACGUGGUUACCUUCUGCCAACGAUGAGAGAAUACUGGUGUGUUCUACAGCCCUGUGCUCUGACGUACUAUAAGAGCUCAUCCCAGAAGGAGCAAUGUGGUAGAAUUGCUAUCGACGAGUACUGUUCAGUUGAAGCAGCAGUGGGAGAAGGAAAGAUCCAGCGCUUCCAGCUGAUCACACCAGAAAGGACAUUCGAAUUUGGGACUCAGGAUCACAAGAGUCGUCUCCAAUGGUUGUCAGCGGUGCGUCAGGCGGCAGCGGUGUCUGGAGGGGCGGAGGGCUACCAGCGGCGUGCUCGGGCAGGGCGGCGUGGGGCGGGCGCGCGGCGAGAACAAGAAGCGAGGGAGGCUCGCCGGCGGCUCCAACAAGAGGUGCGGGCCAGGGUCGCCGCGGAGGCUCAGGCACAGGAAUUGGCAGAACUAGCGCAGAAGGAUAACAAGAAAUUGGAAGAACUUAAGAACGCACAAACAGAGCUCGAAAGACUUCUGCAGGAAGAGACACAGGCUAAGAGAGAUGAAGAAAUCGUUAGAGCGUUACAGGCAAGAGUUUUAGCAGAGGAAUGGGAGAGAAGAGAAGAGCUGGAAAGAUUACAAGAAGAACAAAAUAAGAUGCUAGAAGAAGAGAGACUGAAACGAAAGAAAUUCGAAAUGUUACAGGCGGAGAAGGAAGCGCAGUAUAGAGAAGCUGAAAAACGUCUCCGCGAGCUGGAACAAGAGAAGCAACAGCUGGACAUGGAACUGAGAGCGGCUCAAGAGAAGAUCUCACAGACGGAGCAUCACGCGCAGGCGCUGCAUGUACAACUAAGGGAUCUAAACCCGGCGUUACGAAACGGCGAACGAGCUAGGCGAGCGAUAUCGUUUGUACCAACAACCAAAAGUUCAUCGGACACUCUCCUAGACCUGAGAGCGUUGAGACAUAUAAAGGCUCAGAACGAUGAAAAUAAUCUGUGAAAAUCGAUAUUUUUAAUAAACAGAAAACAAGUUAGCGGACGCGACGGUUUAUACUUAAUUAUAAAUCGAUAUUUUGAUUCGACGAUUAAUCGAUUAAGUGUUUUCAUAUGAAAAUAAUAUAAUUUUAAAAGCGACGAUGUUAUUUAUCUGUAUAUUGUUAAUAUCGAUAUAUUGCAACAUUUUUUUUUCAUGUCGUUCUAUGGUCUAGCUGUAUGUUAUUAUUAACCUGCUUGGUUGGGACUACCAAAUAAAAAAACUAUUUAUUCAUAAAGCUAAGGCGUGUUGUUCUUAACGGAUAUCGUCAUUAAUGUAUUACAAAUAUAUUCUAAGUGCCUAAUGUAUGUAUUAUCUUUCCAUUUCUAUAAAUAAUAAGAAAUAAGUUUUUUU